AUGAUUUAUGCCAAGCAAAUUGAAAGAGAAAAGCUUAAGGAGAGAAAUAUAAGGGAAUCCAAGAGGGCUCAGAUAAAAGUGGUUUUUGUCACACCAAAUUCAGUAGUGGAAAUGGUGCCUAAUCCUAAGGCACAAGGUAGAGCUUCAGGUGGUCAAGGUUUCCCUCCAUGUAAGAAGUGUGGGAAAAACCAUAGAGGAGAGUGCUUAGACGGUUUAGAUGUUUGUUUCAAGUAUGGGAAUCCCAAUCAUCAUGUUAUAGAGUGUAGGGGUGGUGCUCGAACCCAAGGUCAGACUCAAGCUACUAAUCAUUCAGAUCAGCAUGCUACUACUUCGGGUGGCGGUCAGCACCAAAAAAUAUUUUAUGCCCUUCAGACUUGUCAAGAGUUAGAGGAUUUCCCCAAUAUUGUGAUUGAUCCAGGUGCUAAUCUGUUAUUUGUUACUUCUUACCUUGCUAUGAGGUUCAUUAAUGAUUUCGAAUCAUCUUUUAUGGAGGAUGUAAAGUCAAAGCAGGAUAGUGAUCCCACUUUGGUUGAAUCAAAGAAGGAAGUUGCUGAAAAAGCCAUUGAGGCUUUCUCCUAA